AUGAAGGGUUUGGUGAGCACUAGGGCCGAUUCGAACCUCCAAUCGAUCGUGCAGGAAGCGAAACCUCUAACCGCUACACUAUAUACGUCUGUGACUUUAUCCUUUUAUAACGAUGAAGAUGACUCCGAAGUGUCAAAGUACGUACUGCACAUUAGACGAUCACUGGCCAAAAUGUCUGAUUGGGCUUCCAAGUGGGAUCUACGCAUUAACUACGACAGAUCUCUGUUUAUGAGCGCAGACAAAGGGAGUGUGGCCGAGUCUGUAUGGAUGUAG